AUGAGACCUUCCACUCGAUGCCUUCAGUCACUCGCGUCUCGCUCAAAAAGCACAAGUUUCAUCGGUCUAGGAAAAAUGGGAUAUGAGAUGGCCCACAACCUCUUCUCUAAACAGUUCGCAAAGUCACCCGAUUUGCAGUUUGUCGUCUGUGACGUCAAUCCAGACAGCUCUCGCUCCUUUCGCGAAAACUUUCUUGAACGGUAUCCAAAUGCCAGGAUUAAGAUUGCAGCAGACCCUCACGAAGCAACGGCGGUCUCUAGCACGAUUAUCACAAUGCUUCCAUCUUCUCCUCAGGUCAAGAGUGUGUAUUCAGACGCUAUAGUGCCAGCUCUAAGCCAACUACCUGCCGAACUUGUUCAGAGCACUCUGUGUAUCGACUCCACCACCCUGGAUGUAGAUGUUGCUCGCGACGUAGCAUCUGCCGUUACACAGAGAGGGGCUCAGAUGGUUGAUGCUCCUGUUUCUGGUGGUGUAACUGGGGCCAAGGCCGGCGCUUUAUCCUUCCUCGUCGGAGGUCCACAACAGUCCUUUGAUCUCUCAAGACCAAUUCUAUCUCUUAUGGGUCAACGAAUCAUCUAUUGUGGAUCUUCUGGCUCUGGUUUGGCUGCGAAAAUAUGCAACAAUCUUGUCCUGGGUGUCGAGCAAAUUGUAGUCGCAGAAGCUAUGUUAUUGGGUCAACGGCUUGGGUUAGAUCCUGCUGUUCUCGCGACUGUAAUCAACAGCAGCACAGGCGGUUGCUGGUCCUCCUCUGUCAACAACCCCGUACCCUCUGCUUUGCCGGGCAAGUCACCCCCAUGCGAACGAGGCUACGAGGGUGGAUUUGCCACCGCCCUGAUGUUGAAGGAUAUGGGACUUGCGACCGAUAUCGCAGUGAACCAACGGAGCCCGCUGCCCUUGGGAAAUGCUGCCAAGGCCAUCUACUCUGAAGUGAUUGAGAAGAAACCUGAGCUUGGAACAAAGGAUUUUUCAUCUGUAUACCAGUAUUUCGAGAAACAGUCGUAG